GUGGGGAAGUCGGCUAAAAAGGUGAAAGGGCCCUGGCAUUUGGUCGUCCAAAAGGGCCCCCGGGUCCUUGAGGCCUUAUCCCCUAGCCCUUACCCCUUAGGGGACCCUGAGGUAGACCGUUUCUUUUCCCCACAUAUUCAGGCUCCCAUGGCCAGUUUAAAGUACCCACAUUUUCCAAAAAUGUCUCCAAAACAAGUGCAAGUUUCCUUUCGUAGUCAUUCGAUCGUUCACGUUUUGCCACAGUCCUUUGAAUCCCGGGCUCGUGCACCCCCCAACGUCGCCCCACAGCCCGCUGCCUUCCGUACCCAAAAUGGGCAUACCGUUCAAUUUUCUAUGCUCAUCAGGGGGCCCGGGUCGCAGGAAUGUCCCCUGGGCGCGCCGAGGACUUUCUACGCCGUUUGGAGGACAAGAAUCCCCACCAAGAGCGCCUUCCGCCGCCCUCCUCCUCCUCCUCCUCCACCACCACCACCACUUCCCACCUGCACGGCACCCACACCCUCGUCCCCCGCCGAGGGCGUCGGGAGGGUGUUUGCAGCCGCGGCGCCUCUCCCUCCGGCCCGGCCUUACCUGCCCCCGCACGUUUACCCCGGCAGCGGAGCCGCCAACCCCGGGGCAAGCGCUGGGACGCCCAGACACGUCGCUGACGCCGCCGCUGCGUCGCCCUCGUCCUCCUUCCUGUGCCGAAUCUGCUCGUACACCGCGAGGGACGUGGUGGACCUCCUGGCGCACAACCAGCAGCACAAGUGGGACGAGGAGCUCCACCACCAGCAGUCGAGCUCCGAGGCGCGGCCGCAGAGGAUCUUCAAGUGCCCGUACUGCGACGUGCAAGUGCAGGGGCGCAGGCCAUCGAGGUCCACGUCAUCACCACUCGGCCGGCGACGAGGGUCCCGAGCGCCUCUACUGGUGCUCCUUUUGCACCCUCAAGUGCCGCUCGGCGCCCGGCCUCUCGUCGCACCUCAAGCGCCACGCGUACCAGGGCGACUUCUAGGCUCGUCCUCGUGGAGGCCCGCGCCGCCGCAAGGGCAAUUUGAG